AUGGGAGUGUUGAUGUCCAAACGACAGACAGUGGAGCAGGUUCAGAAGGUGAGCCUAGCUGUGUCAGCUUUCAAGGAUGGGCUAAGGGAUAGGCCUUCUCUCCGGCGCACAGGUGAACCAGCUGGGUCUCGAAGGGGCACUGUAGAACACAGUGUCCAGGAAGUACAGGAGGAGGAUGAGCUGGAGACAGCUGCUGCUGUCCCACAGGAAGAGAACAGUGUCAACAGAGCAGCCUGGGAACGACUAAGGGAUGGCCGUGGGGUAGAACCUGAGGAGUUUGACCGUGCCAAUCGCUUCACACCACCUGCCUUUAUCCGACCCAUUCGGGAGUUACAUGAUGACAAGCCACUUGACAUCUGCUUGGAACCUAGAGAAUCUGUCAUUAGUGAUGAGAUGUGUGAGAUUUGUGAGGUAUGGACUGCUGAGAGUCUCUUCCCAUGUAGGAUCUGCACCAGGGUUUUUCAUGAUGGCUGCUUGCGCCGCAUGGGCUAUCUUCAAGGAGACAGCACAGUGGAAGUGACUGAGAUGGCACACACUGAAAUAGGCUGGAGCUGUUACUAUUGUAACAACCUCAACCUACUUCUCACAGAAGAGGAGAUGUAUAGUCUCAUGGAGAACUUCCAGCAGUGCAAAAUUAUUCCAGAUUGUUCCUUGACACUGGAGGACUUCCUUCGCUACCACCAUCAGGCAGCAAGGCGAGGAGGAAGUGAAAGGGCACUGAGUGAAGAGCAGGAAGAGAGGGUAGCUCAACAAUUUGCUGCCCUUGACCCUGAGCACCGGGGCCAUGUUGAGUGGCCUGAUUUCUUGUCCCAUGAGUCCCUUCAACUACUGCAGCAACUUCGCCCACAGAACUCUCUCUUAAGGCUACUGACAGUUAAGGAACGGGAACGAGCUCGGACAGCCUUCCUCGCCCGAGGCAUUGGGGGCUACAUCAGUGAGACUGAAUGCCGUCGUGCUCAGCACACCUGGUUCCGAAAACGACCCCUGGAAGCACCAUCUUGCAAUGUUAGCAUCAGCCAUGUGGGACCCAUAUCAGAAAGCAGCCCAGCCAGCAACAGCAGUGCCAAGAGCCCGGAGAAACCUCUGCAGACAGCUGAACAGGAGGAACCCCGGUCUGUGGAUUGGCCCACCUUCCUGAAAGAGAAUGUCAUAUACAUCCUUGCUGCCCGCCCCAACAGUGCUGCCAUUCACCUGAAACCCCUAGGGUAG